AGAAACACUACCGUGACUGUGAGGCGUUCAGUUUACCCACCAGCGUGUCUGAGAGACAGUGCCGAGGCUGAAACUAACUUCCAAACAGACUCGUCCCUUUAAAGAAAAAAAAAAUCCCAAAACGGUUUAAUUAGCGCAGAUGGAGGAGGAAGUUGGAGGAGGGUAAUGGGUUAAUGGUGGAAGGCCUCGCUUCACCUUUUUAUUGCGCGUCACAGUGUUCUGGUCCCACCUUCAUCACCAUCAUUACCACCGUCCUCUUUCAGGCAGCAGCAUAAUCUCACCGAAGACACACAGACACACGGAGAGAGAGAGAGAGAGAGAGAGAGAGAGACAGAGAGAGAGUGAGAGUGAGAGAGAGUGAGAGAGAUCAUCUCUCUCCGCCGACACUUGCUCCUCCUCGCCUCGGUCGGUUGCAGUCGAUCUCCGGCUCCCACUAUCAUUAUCUUCAUCAUCACACAUCCUGGUGACAGUGGAAACUGAGGCAGCGAGAGAGUAACAGGAACCAUGAAGGACCGAAUGCAAGAACUUAAACACGGGAAGGAGAUGACAGAGGAGGAGGAUGAAGUCGCUGUGGGGAUGGAUAAAGGCUUCAUGGACGAAUUCUUUGAACAGGUGGAAGAAAUCCGAGGUUUUAUUGAGUCUCUGGCCGAGAAGGUCGAAGAGGUGAAGAGGAAGCACAGCGCCAUCCUCGCCUCACCUAACCCUGAUGAGAAAACUAAAGCUGAGCUGGAGGAUCUUAUGGCUGACAUCAAGAAGUUGGCCAACAAAGUGCGCUCCAAAUUAAAGAGUAUCCAGCAAAGCAUCGAGCAAGAGGAAGGGCAGAAUCGUUCGUCGGCUGACCUGAGGAUACGCAAAACACAGCACUCCACACUGUCCCGCAAGUUUGUCGAGGUGAUGUCCGAAUACAACACCACACAGUCGGACUACAGGGAGCGCUGCAAGGGACGCAUUCAGAGACAGUUGGAGAUCACUGGAAGAAAUACAACAAAUGAGGAGCUGGAGAGCAUGUUAGAGAGUGACAACCCAGCUAUCUUUACUUCAGGGAUCAUCAUGGACAAUAUCACCCAGCAAGCGAUGAACGAGAUUGAGACACGGCACACUGAGAUUAUCAAGCUGGAGAACAGUAUUAGAGAGCUCCACGACAUGUUCAUGGACAUGGCCAUGUUGGUGGAGAGCCAGGGGGAAAUGAUAGACCGCAUAGAGUACAAUGUGGAGCACUCGGUAGACUAUGUGGAGAGGGCGGUAUCAGACACUAAGAAGGCAGUAAAAUACCAGAGUAAAGCUCGGAGGAAGAAAAUUAUGAUUCUUAUAUGCUGUGUGGUUCUGGGGAUCGUGAUUGCUUCCAUCGUUGGGGGAACGCUGGCCUGAACCUCAGCCGCGGUCGCGCUGAAACAGAAACACACUCACACACACACACACAUAAACACAAGAGAGCAAAAGCGGGGCAGACACACAUUCCUGUUUCCUGUUUUCACAAAUGCAAUCUCUGACAUGUUCAGCACCUUCUGUACGAUACAUUUUAAACCCAGUGUACAGAGGCCACAGGCGUUCCUCGCAUGAGUUGCUAUUUUGUAAUCGUGUGGUGCUGCGAAAUGUUCAUCUGAGUGUUGAGUGUUGUCAACGACGUGGUGUUUCCAAGACGUGAACUAUUGAAUGAAACAGUUACUAAAAUGCUAUGUAAAACUAUACUAGUACAUUCCAACUUCCAAAUGCGACAUCGCAGUUGUAAUGUCUGUUUUGUGUUGUACAGGCAGAGUAUCAGGCCACUCAUCCACAGUGUUUUCAAAGUCACUUCACAAAUAUUUUCUUUUCUUUUUUUCUUUAUGUCUCUGGCCUCCCCUCGGAGGCCCUGCAUGGUUUAGUUCACUGUGAUGUGGGAUUUCUUUGCUCGUAGAAUCAUGAUGUAACGACUUCUCUUCUCGUUCGCAGGAUCUUAGGUUCUUAGUCGUCCAGGUUUAUGGUCAUCUUCAGGAGGAGUUUGACGUUUCAUCUAAAAGGCUUCUUCACACGACAUUCACUCCCUGACCCAGACUCAGAUUGUUAGUUUCAAGGUGUCAAGCUUUGAAAGAGGCUCAAUAGUUGUUGUUAAAAUGAUUGUAUGACAGUUGAUCUUUGUGGAAGGAGCACGCAGGACAGCAUUGUACUGUUGGUGGCUGGUAGUUGGUGCCGUUGGUGCCUUUGUCUGCUGCUCUGAGGUUAUUAAAAUUAUGUUUGUGUAUAUUAAAUUUAGAAAGAUUAUUGGAUUACUCAGAACUCAGUAUCACCCAAAUUAAAACCCUUUUUUUUUUUUUCCCAUCUUUAAAUGUAUAAAGCUAUUGCUAUAAGCUCUGAACUUCUGUGACCAUUGCUGCAUAAAGCAAGUCUCAUCAGGUCAGUUAGCUGCUAUACCUGAUUGUGUUCCUGUUGUCAGCAUCUGUACAACAAAAUAUCACGUCUGAGAAACCUAAAAGUGCCAAACACUCACCGCCGGUAUUCAAAAAGAAAAUGAGGCAAUAUCUCGAGUCACUUUGGUUUUGAUUUUAUGGAAGCACAGGACAGUUUUUUAUCCAUAAACAUGGUGACCUACAGCUGCUGGUUAUUUUUUAUAUAAUAUUUACAUUAUUUGACACAAGCAAAGAAGGGGUUCAAGGAAAAAAGAGGGUUGGGACCCACCCCCUUUAUGCCCCCUCCUCCUGAGUGAUGGAUUCUCCAGGUUAAUGUACCAGGUUAACCAUCUGUCGUCCCUGACUGGAACGUGUCCAUUGUCAUCAUCAAAAGUGUCCAGACUCAUGUCCAGAUGUGUUAAUGCAGAGGUUGUUCGGUUUGUGUUGAAUUUUAAUGUUCAACACAAUCCUCAUUAUACAGGAAUCUGUUUUGGAGUGUUGUCCUUUGGUAAAUAUGUUUCUGUCUUUAAAGGGUUAGGGUUGGAGAUCCUGGAAAAACAGUUAGAGCAGGGCUCAGAUGGCAGUUUGGUUGAUGCCUCGCGAUCCAAUUGAUUUGUUUGUUUUUUACAGGCAUUUUUCAUUUAUCUGACAAUGCAAUAAUUAAUUGGUUACAAUCGGGUUGUAAGCUCCCAUCCUACCUUUAAGUGUUGCAGGGAUAGAGGUGCAGUCAGACUAACAACCUGAAACUGGGUCAGGGUUUUGUCCGAACUGAAGAAGCCUCUUGGAUGAGGUGAAACUUCUUCAACACAAGUUCACUCCUGAAGAUCACACAAUCCAUGGUGUACUGUACUUGUUGUUUCAUCUGGCCUUUACCAGUUUACAGCGUUUCUGACUGUGGCUCCAGUGUGAGUGACGGAGUGAGUGCAUGUAUGCAUAAAGUGAAAGAGGAUGUUUGUGUGUUUGUUUGUUUUUUGCUACCUGUCUUAAGACAUGGCAGGAGAAUGUGGCUGUUUGUUUUGUAUAAAGUGUAAACUGAUAUAAAGCUCACUAACACUGCCAGUAUGUUCAAAUAAGUUGUUGAAACGGAGUCUAGUCUGGUUUGUUCUGCAAGUGACGGGACCCUUUUGUUGUUUUGUGUAUUUUUUAUAAACUCUUGAGCUUAAACGGGCCUUAAACAGUCAUUCUGUCAAACUACUGAUUUAUUUUUUAUGAAAGCGUCACCGUGAAUUCACGAUAUUCCAGAGAAAAAAAACUUGACACACACCUUUCUGGCAACAACAUCAGACAUGCACAGACUGCAACCAUGUUACCGUGUUGCCUACUCAACUCGUUGCCUUCGUGUUGUGUUGUUGUGAUGAUAUGGUUUUGUUCGUAUAAUCGGAAAUGUUUUUGGGUUUUUUUUUUCGAGUAAAGUUUGUCUGAAAAAACACGUAGAGUUUGUGCCUUGAUUUACACUCAUGCACUCACAAAAGAGACUUUUUUCGACUUUGUUUAUAUGAGGUAUUGUGUCAAGUUAAAGGUGAAACCCUAAAACAGCUAAAAGUGGCUAAACUUACUCUGUAAAGUAGAAGAAGAACACUUUUGUAUGCUUUGAAACUAUUAUCUGAAAUCUUUCACAUUAACUCCAGGACACUUAGCCAGGAGGAUCAUGUAAACAAUUAUUGAAAGGAUCUGUUUAUUUAGUCACGGCAAAACCUAAAACUGUUUCAACAUUAUAUUCAAUUAGUUGCCCAUUCAGUUUUGUUGGAUCUGACCAAUACAGUGGCUGCUUUGUCUCUUUUUAUUAGAUUUUUUUAGUCCACAGACAGUAACACAUGACAAAUCCAGGUUUGUGUUGUCAGGUAUGACGACAAUAGAACCAUUAUUAUCCAUUCAUUCCCACUCCCACAAGAAAACAGCAAAACCACGACAGCUGGUCUCGGUCUCAAUGACUUGUCAGUCAUUGUAAUUAGUCGUCUAGUUCAUCCGGCCAACUGUAAAUGACCAAUUUCAUCAUCUGUAACCCCUGCUGUGUGUGCUUUGUUUCCUGUCUCUCAGUGUCAGGUGCAGUUUCAGACUCCUCCCCUCUUUGGUGAGGAUGGACGUGUGAGCGUGGACCAUCCACAACCUCACGGUCGUGACAAAUUGCCUCCCUUCUAUCAGUUAUCUGUUAUAAUUCCUGUUUUUCUACAUUCUACAUUUCUGUGAAUGAUAUGCUGAACUUAUUUCUGUACCUCUCCACGUCUGGCUCUUCCUGAGAUUUUUCCUUCAUUUUUUUUUCCCCCUAUAAAAGAGUUUUUCCUCACUUUUUUUUUUUUCCUCACAAUGUGAGGGUCUAAGGACAGAGGGGUGUCACUUGCAGUUCCGCUCACUGUGUUUUAUGGGAUGUAAUGUAGCAAGGAAAAAAA